AUGUCUCGGGAGGCCCCUUGGUGGAAGAACGCCACUAUCUACCAGAUAUAUCCUGCCAGUUACAAAGAUUCCAACGGCGAUGGAAUUGGCGAUAUUCCUGGAAUUCAUAGCAAGCUCGACUAUAUUCAGGGACUUGGCGUCGAUGCGAUCUGGCUGUGCCCCAUGUACGAUAGCCCCCAGUAUGACAUGGGCUACGAUAUUCGUGACUAUGAGAAAGUCUACGAACCAUAUGGCACAGUCGCCGAUGUUGAGGCUCUAAUUGCUGCAUGCCACGAGCGUGGAAUGAAGAUUUUGCUCGACUUGGUGAUCAACCAUACCUCCCAUUUGCAUGCCUGGUUCCAAGAGUCACGGUCAUCCAAGACAAGCGCAAAGCGCGAUUGGUACAUCUGGCGACCUGCCAAAUAUGAUGCCGAUGGAAACCGCCGUCCCCCCAACAACUGGCGCAGUGUCUUCGGUGGUAGUGCCUGGGAAUGGGACGAGGAGACUCAGGAGUACUACCUGCAUCUCUUCGCAGUCCAACAGCCAGACCUGAACUGGGAGAAUCCAACCAUGCGUGCUACUGUUUAUGAAUCAGCUAUGGAGUUCUGGCUGCGUAAGGGAAUUGAUGGUUUCCGCGUUGAUACAGUCAACAUGUACAGCAAGGAGCAAUCAUUCCAGGAUGCCCCUAUCAUAGAUUCUCGCCUUGAGUGGCAACCUGCUUCAUCGCUGUACUGCAAUGGUCCUCGUAUCCACGAGUUCAUGCGGGAGAUGGGCGAGAUUCUACUCAAGUACAACGCCAUGACCGUUGGUGAACUGCCACACACACCAGAGGUCGCAGACGUACUUUCAUACGUCUCAGAGAAGGAGAAGCAGCUUAGCAUGGUCUUCCAAUUCGAUAUUGUGGACAUUGGCACGGGCGCCGUUCGAUUUGACACUGUCCCGCACGCGUGGACAUUGCCUGACCUUCGGGAGCGUGUCGCUCGCACUCAAGCUCUGAUGGACGGUACGACCGAUGGCUGGAGCACAACUUUCCUCGAGAAUCAUGAUCAAGCUCGAUCCAUUUCUCGAUGGGGUAGCGAGGCAACCCCGGAACUCUGGGCGCGAAGUGCCAAGAUGCUGGCUAUGCUUGUUGCUAGUCUAUCUGGCACUUUGUACGUUUACCAAGGCCAAGAAAUUGGUAUGGUGAACGCCCCCGCUGAGUGGGAUAUCAGCGAAUAUAAGGACCUGGACAGUCUGAACUAUUACAAGUUCGUGCAGGAGCUGUCAAAGAACGACCCCGUCGCGGUUGGAGCCGCGAAGAGUGCUAUUGCUCAUCUGGCUCGCGACCAUGCUCGUAUUCCCAUGCAAUGGGAUGGCACGCCGAACGCGGGUUUCACUACCGCUACGGCUAAGCCUUGGAUGCGUGUGCACGAUAACUACCCAGAGCUGAAUGCGAAGCGACAAGCCCUGGACUCGUCUUCUGUCCUUUCAUUCUGGCGCGAGUUGUUGCAAGUCCGCCGAGCCCAUCCUGAAGUCUUUGCUGAGGGUGUUUUCGUUGAUACAGAUCCUCUCAACGAGUCGGUCUUUGUCUUUGAAAAGACGGCUGCGAGCCAGAAGCUGGUAGUAGCCCUCAACUUUACGGGUGAUAAACAGCCGGUUGAUCUGACGGCCCAAAUUGGCUCGAAAUCUUAUAAGGCUUUGCUUAGAAACUGUGAGGGAGAGUCACUGGCUGAGUUGGAGGCAUAUGAAGGACGGGUUUACCUAGUGGAUAAUUAG